GCAUAACUGAUGAAGAGAGGUUUGCAUUUUCAUUAGAAUGUAAACGAAUAACCAGACAUGAUUCUUUCUACCUAUCACACCAUCCAGUCUGUUUUCUGCUGCUGCUGCUGCACGGUGCAAGAAAGAGAAAUGAGAACAAAAGUGAACCUGGAUGAUGACACUGUCGUGGUSACCCAGUACUCGGUCUCACAACCAGACGUUCCCUAUGAAUCCAUCUGGAAGUGCAGGCGCAAGAGGCAAUUGCAAUUUAAGGACAAGCCAUUACCUCCUCUGCCUCCUGAGGCCUUYGAAGACUACACCAACAAACCCAGAGUUAUUGCACUCUACGACUUCUUUCCUGGACGGCCUUCAGAUUUACCUCUCAAGAAAUCAGAAGAAUACAUUAUCCUUGAACAGUAUGACCCCGUCUGGUGGAGGGCAAGAGACCRACAUGGGAAUGAAGGUCUAAUUCCCAGCAACUGUGUUACUGAGAGCAAGAAAAGUAAUUUAGAAACGUACAAGUGGUACUGCAGAAACAUAAACAGAAGCCAGGCAGAACUUCUCCUGCGCCAGAAGCCCAAAGAAGGUGCAUUUGUUGUCAGAGAUUCAAGCCGACAGGGUCUUCUUACACUGUCCUUGUAUUCACGGGCCAAAGGAAGUCAUAGUGGAGAUAUUCUACAUUAUCAAAUUAAACAAAAUCACUCAGGACAAUAUUAUGUAGCAGAAAACUAUCUCUUUUCAUCCGUUCCUGAACUCAUCGAGUAUCAUCAACACAAUGCUGCAGGUCUCAUCACACGUCUACGACAUCCAGUUGGAUCAGAUGGAUGUACUUCACCAGAUAUAGCAAGAUUGAGUAAUGAGGAGUGGGGAUUAAACCCAUCUGAACUGUUGUUCCUGAAAGAACUUGGGCGUGGGCAGUUUGGAGUGGUUUAUCUCGGUAAAUGGAAAGAAACUAUCAAGGUUGCCAUCAAAACAAUCAAUGAAGGUGCAAUGUCUGAAGAUGAUUUCUUGGAGGAGGCCAAACUGAUGAUGAAACUCUCCCAUCCAAAGCUGGUCCAGCUUUAUGGAGCGUGCACACAUCACAAACCUCUCUACGUUGUGACUGAAUUCAUGGAAAAUGGUUGCCUGCUCAAUUACCUUCGGCAAAGGCGGGGGAAGCUURGCAGAGAUGUUCUUCUGAGCAUGUGCCACGAUGUUUGUGAAGGGAUGGAAUAUCUGGAAAGAAAUAACUUUAUUCACCGUGAUUUGGCUGCAAGAAACUGUUUAGUCAAUGCAGACCACAUCGUUAAAGUAUCUGACUUUGGCAUGGCAAGGUAUGUCAUAGAUGAUGAAUAUAUCAGCUCUUCAGGUGCCAAAUUUCCAGUCAAAUGGUCAUCUCCUGAAGUCUUUCAUUUCAAAAAAUACAGCAGCAAAUCAGAUGUCUGGUCAUUUGGUGUACUGAUGUGGGAAGUUUYCACAGAAGGCAAAAUGCCUUUCGGAAGCAAGUCAAAUUCUGAAGUUGUCCAUGAGAUUUCUCAGGGUAACCGACUUUAUCGACCACAUUUGGCAUCUCUUACAGUGUACAAAGUCAUGUACAGCUGCUGGCAUGAGAAACCUGAGGGACGUCCUACUUUUGCGGAAUUAAYAGAGACCCUCACAGAUCUAGCAGAGAUGACAUAAUCACAGAUUUUAUACCAAUAUAUUUACUGAAAAGUUAGCAUUAGCAUGCCACUAAUGUAGCUGGUACAUGAAAACUCAGCCUUUUACAGAGGUCUCUGCUCAAAUCACAGUACCAGCAUCCUACAUCUUGAAGCAGCUGUAUGGCCUUGGCCUAAUUUUCACUUAUUUGAGAAAGACAAACUGGUUUGAGAUUCUCAAGGCUUUGUUUYCAUGAUUAGGGAGAAAAAUCUCCURUCGGAAAAGCAGUAACCAAGCCUAAUCACCUUACAGACCUUUAUAUUAAUUMUUYUGUUCAGAGCUACACUAAUUCCUGMAACAAUAUUAUUAAAUUAUUUGAUACUUACUGUGAUGCAUUCACUGGGGAAUACUGACUGAUUAGCAGCAGCAAAAAUGAUGGAAAUGCCCAGAAUAGUUCAUGGGCGARUUAAAACUGGAACCUGACAGUAAAGCUCAGAUGGAUCCUAUGAUACCUUACAUGGACAGGUCUGUAACCCUACUUUUUAUGUUAUUAUUCACUUUUCAUUUUAAAUCUUAAUUAGGGYCAAUACAAAUAUAUUGUAGAGAAGGAAAGGCAGAUGAAAUUCAUAGUUAUUUAAAACAAAAUAGACCAUUAAAAGUGAAUAUGGUCUUGAAAAUAAUGUGAAUUAUUUGCAUUGUGAAUUAUUUAUAGGUACAUAUAUCACAAUAUUUAGUUUUAUAGAGCUUUGUACACAAAAUAUGUAAAACAUGCUAGCUAAAGAAUGAUUGAGUUCAAUUUAAUUUUUGUCACAAAUUGAGUCACAAUUUGAUUUUCCAUUUCCAAAUUUAAAAAAUAACUGUAGCAAUAAAGUUAAAUACAGCAAAAGCCCCAAACUUUUGAAUUUUCAAAAGAUGACUGCGUCUCUUAAUCAAAUAUAGUCCUGGCAGUAAUCAGUCAUCUUCACUAUGGUAGUAUUUUGAUAGUUAUCAUCCCUUGGGAAAGGAAAUUGUUAGUCCUAUUGUUUGAACAUUUGGGAGUACCUUCAAACACACUUCUAAGGCAUUUCUGCUUCAAGUAAAGCAUGAUAUUUCUAUUAUUUCAUGUAAUUUGCCAGAAGAAUUGCAGAUAUCACUGUUUACUUUCCUAAUAAAUUUAUUUAUGAGCAUUCAAUCCCUUAUCAGACUAUGACUAAAGGCAGAUCGAUACAAAUGAUGUGGGUUAAGCCCAGCUGGCAACUCAGUACCAMCAGCUGCUGGCUCACUGCCCUCUGCCCUGCUGGGGCAGAGAAUCAGAAAGUAAAACUUGUGGGUUUAGAUAAGAUCAGGUUAAUAACUGAAACAAUGUAAAAUCUAAUAGUAGCAAGAGGAAUUAAACGGAGAACGAGAGAGGAACAUAACCCAAGAGAAACAAGUGAUGCAAGUGAUGCACACUCACUACCUGCUGACUGAUGGCCAGCCCCUCCUCGGGCAGGGAUCAGCAGCCCCCAGGCAGCUCCCCCCUCAGUUUAGACACUGAUCAUGAUGUUCUACAGCAUGAAAUAUCCCCUUGGCCAGUUCUGGUCAGCUGUCCUGGCUCUGUCUCGAUUUUGGCUGACAGGGAGCAAUGACACAGUACACAUAUGGACAUCAUCACAUUUAUGCCCAGGCCACAGAGGUACCAAGCUUUUCAGCACAUGAUGCAAUAAAAAUGUGAAAUUCAAACUGUCUCUGCAAUGUAAAGUACAUGGGKACUUUAAUAAUAUAUGAGGCAUCUUUUUAACAGCUCUGGUAAAACUGGUUUUGCCAUAUUGCUGCAAGUUAAUAUGUAAUAUGCUACAGCAUCAUGCAGUAAAAAUCAGUUCCAUUAGGUUUAUGUACUCAAAGCAGCUUGCUCAUGCCUAUUUCACUGAGCUGUCCCAUGGUGAGUAUGCACCCAUCCUGGAAACAUGCUGAUCUAAUAAUUGGAGCCAAUAAUGCUUGCCUGCAAAGCUUUCACUUCCCAAUAUAAUCUUUCUGUAGGCUGCUUGGGGAAAAAUUUGAAUAAGCUGUUAUUAACAUUCUGACACAGAUAAAUUUAACAGCUGCUAUCAUCAAGCUGACAGUAAAUAAAUGAAAAARCACUCGAACAUGCUUCAGUCAGUGAAACUGGUACUGAAUUGGCAGCAAGAACUGGUCUGCAGUACAAAGGUCAGGUAUCUACAGUGUACUUAUUUACCAUAACAGCUACACCCUUUAAUAAAAACUGAGUAGGCCACCUUAGACCUCAUGGCUCUGUGAGUUUAGUUCACAUUCUAACCAUAYUCAAACAGGAAAAAAUGGGUGAACAGUGAGUAACAUUCUUGUCACUGACUAUAAAGAGAUGUCUGUUUGAUUUUAGAACUCCCAUGUGAUAA